AGCUUAUACUUUAUAUAAAAUGAAUAGAUUUGAAGAAUCUUUAAAAAAUAGUGAUUUAGCAAUAUUAAAAAACCCAGAAGAUUCUAGGAAUUACAAUAAUAAAGGUACAUUUUAAGUUGUAGAAUUAAUAAGCUACUGCUUUAUUAUAAAUGAACAGAUUAGAAGAAGCUUUGGAAAACUUUGAUUCAGCAAUUUAGAAAAAAAACCCAGAAGAUUCAAGAUAUUACUUUAAUAAAGCUACUGCUUUAUUAUAAAUGAACAGAUUAGAAGAUGCUUUGGAAAACUUUGAUUCAGCAAUUUAGAAAAAAAACCCAGAAGAUUCAGGAUAUUACUUUAAUAAAGCUGCUACUUUAUUAUAAAUGAACAGACUAGAAGAAGCUUUAGAAAAUUAUGAUUUAGCAAUAUAGACAAACCCAGAAGUAUCGAAGUACUACUUCAGCAAAGCCUUGACUUUAGAUUAAAUGAACAAAUUAGAAGAAGCUUUGUACAAUUAUGAUUCAGCAAUUUAGAAAAACCCAGAAAAUUCUAGGUAUUACCACAACAAAGCUGUUAUUUUAGGAAAAAUGAACAGAUUAAUAGAGGCUUUGGAAAAUUAUGAUUUAGCAAUUUUGAAGAACCCACAAGAAUUUAGGCAUUAUAAUAAUAAAGCUAUUAUUUUAGAUAAGAUGAGCAGAUUAGAUGAAGCUUUGUAAAUUUAUAAUUAUGCAAUAAAGAAAAAUCCACAAGAUUGGAUGCAUUACCAUAACAAAGCGAUUACUUUAACAAAAUUGAACAGAUUAGUAGAAGCAUUAGAAAAUUUUGAUUUAGCAACUUAGCUGAAUCUAUCAAAUUCUAGCUAUAGUAAUGGGAAGGCCGAUAUUUUAUAUAAAAUGAACUAAUUAGAAAAAGCUUUAGAAUAAUAUGAUUCCGAAAUUUUGAAAAACCCAGAAAAUGCUUUAUAUUUUAAUGGCAAAGCUACUAUUUUAAUUUAAAUGAAUAGAUUAGAAGAAGCUUUGGAAAAUUUUGAUUUAGCUAUUUAGAAAAAUCCAGAAGAUUAAAGGUAUUACCACAAUAAAGCUGGCGCUUUAUUAAAAAUGAACAGAUUAGAAGAAGCUUUGGUAAAUUAUGAUUCUGCUAUUCAGAAAAACCCAGAAGGUUCAAUUCAUUACUCCAAUAAAGCUUAUACUUUACUUAUGAUGAAUAGAUUAGAAGAAGCUUUAAAUAAUUUUGAUUUAGCAAUAUAAAAAAACCCAGAAGAUUCAAUUAAUUACUUUAAUAAAGCUUUCACUUUAUUAAAAAUGAACAGAUUAGAAGAAGCUUUGGAAAAUUAUGAUUUAGCAAUAUAGAAAAACCCAGAAUUUGCUGAAUAUUAUAAUGGGAAAGCUAACUCUUUACAAAACUUAAACAGAUUGGAGGAAGCUUUGGAAUAUUAUGAUUCAGCAAUUUAGAAAAAUCCAGAAGAUUAUAGGUAUUACCAUAACAAAGCUUUUAAUUUAGAAAAAAUGAAUAGAGUAGAAGAAGCUUUGGAAAAUUAUGAUUUAGCAAUUUUUAAAAACCCACAACAUUCUGAAUCUUAUAAUUGUAAAGGUAAAAUUAAUAUUUAGGAAUUCUAAGCUAAUAUUUUAUAAACAAUGAACAGAUUAGAAGAUGCUAUAUAAAAUUAUGAUUUUGCAAUAUAGAAUAGCCCAGAAGAAUCGAAACACUACUACAACAAAGCCAUGACUUUAGAUAAAAUGAACAAAUUCGAAGAAGCUUUGUAAUAUUAUAAUACAGCAAUUCAGAAAGACCCUGCAAAUUCUGAGUAUUAUAAUGGAAAAGCUAAUACUUUAACAAAUAUGAAGAACUUCGAAGAAAGUUUGAAAAAUUUUGAUAUAGCAAUAUAGAAUAACCCAGAAGAUUCAAAGGUCUUCUUCAACAAAGCUUUUGCACUACACAAAAUAAAAAGAUUUGAAGAAGCUUUGUUAAAUUAUGAUACAGCAAUUUACAAAAACUCUGAAAAUUCUGAAUACUUUUAUGGAAAAGCGAUUGCUUUAGCUGAAAUGAACAAAUUAGAAGAGGCUUUUGCAUAUAUUGAUUAAGCGAUUUAGAAAAACCCUGAAAUUUCUCACUAUUACGAUGCCAAAACAUAAAUUUUACUUUAAAUGAAUAGAAUUUAAGAGGUCUUUGAAACAUAACGGAUUGAUUUUUUGAGAUUUUUAUGA